AUGUUGGUUCCACCUGAUAACUUCGGUGUAGUCGAGGAAGGCAUCUAUAGAUGUUCCAAGCUCGAAUCGGAUCAUUUUCCGUUUCUAGAAACGUUGAAAUUGAAGUCUCUAAUUGUGUUGGAUGCCGAGAAGCCUCCAAGACUAUUGAAGACAUUCAUAGAGAGCAAUAACAUUGAACUAUACAACUUAGGAGGGUUGAAGAUAUCGAACCACUACCAUACUGGAGCAAAUUCCAGCUUGGGGAAAGAUGAUGACGAUGGAGAUGAUGUGAGUUCAAUACAUAGCAACAGAAGGAUAAGUAGCUCAAACACAAACGAAAUUGAGUUGAUAAAUAUCGGAGACACAACCACAGGUGGUAGCAAUGGUGAUUCAGAUAAGAAGAAAAACGAUCAAUGGAUGUUAAUAGAAAAGAACCUUAUCCUCAGAGCAUUUGAAUUGCUUCUCAAUAAGAACAGGCAUAAUUUGCUUCUUGUGGAUUCGACACUGACCUUGGUGGGGAUCCUUAGGAAGAUACAAAAGUGGAAUUUCAAUUCCAUAGUGAAUGAGUAUAGGAUAUAUACCGGAGCACCAAGCAAGAGCAAUUACUAUGCAGAGAAUUUCCUUGAGUUAAUACAGCCUGAGUUGAUUCCAUUCGAGAUAGAGCAGUUGAAUAAAAGACAACAGGAACAGAGCAAUGUCAACAACAAUAUAAGCAACGGAAAUAGACCUUCGAUACUGACUCUGCCACGAAAUAUUGGGAUACCUUCGCCAAGGAAUGAAACUUUGAGAGAUUCUCUGAUGGGAAACUACUUUGGCCAUCAAAUACUGUAUGAACCUACAUUUAUUGAGCUAGACGAUGACGUUGACGUUGACGAAGACGAUGAGCUCACAGACGACGACUUACUUUCUGCAUCUCCACAAAUUCCUGCCAACUUGUUGAAACUCGUAGAAAAGAGAAAGAACGAAAAAGCCAAUAGAUCGAACCUGAAUGAAAGUGAGGAUAUGGACAAGCUUGGCAGCGGCUCAUCCGCAAGUGGUGGUAGAAGGAGGAUAACCCCUGGAUCUUCCCCUAAACUCCACUCCUCGUUGAAGCGUAAUAGUAUAACGAAUGAGAUGUUCUUCUCCACAGCACUAGGAGGACGUAGAAGAUCAUCUGUGGAUGCUAAGUUGCGGCCCAUCAACAGUACCAACAAUACGAAAUUCAGAAGUGGAUCCAAUAUUGGGAUUGGCUCCUUUUCAGAAGCAACGCUUCCAUCAUCUUUUCCUGGAGUUAGAAGACUUUCCAAAGGUAAGAAUGAUCCGACGUAUGCAAACUUUGAAAACUUGAGCUUGCAGGAAAUACAGAACAUUCGAGAGAAGUACGAUUUCAAAUUCUACAAGAACUUACAUAAAUACACCAUCAAGUAUGAAAACGUAAACGUUAUAAAGAUAAAGCUACCUCCAGAUGAGAAAUUACCCUCUUGGUUUAUCAAGAAUCGUGAUUUUUGGGAAUCAAGUUUCAGGAAGAUGAAUCAUAUAGUAUAG